CCACUGCUGGUGCUGCUGCUCUGGCUGCUGCCUGGCCCCGCGGAGCCCCAGGAGUUGAACCCGCGAGGCCGCAACGUGUGCCGCGCGUCCGGUCCCCAGGUGUUCACGUGCUGCGCUGGCUGGAGGCAGCAGGGGGACGAGUGUGGGAUCGCGGUGUGCGAAGGCAACUCCACGUGCUCAGAGAACGAGGUGUGCGUGAGGCCGGGCGAGUGCCGCUGCCGCCACGGCUACUUCGGUGCCAACUGCGACACUAAAUGCCCGCGCCAAUUCUGGGGUCCUGACUGCAAGGAACGGUGUAGCUGCCACCCGAACGGGCAGUGUGAGGACGUGACGGGCCAGUGUACGUGCCACGCGCGGCGCUGGGGCGCGCGCUGCGAGCAUGCGUGCCAGUGCCAGCAUGGCACGUGCCACCCGCGGACCGGCGCGUGCCGCUGCGAGCCCGGCUGGUGGGGCCCGCAGUGCGCCAGCGCCUGCUACUGCAGCGCCACGUCGCGCUGCGACCCCCAGACCGGCGCCUGCCUGUGCCACGCGGGCUGGUGGGGCCGCAGCUGCAACAAUCAGUGCGCCUGCAACUCCUCGCCCUGUGAGCAGCAGAGCGGCCGCUGCCAGUGCCGCGAGCGCACGUUUGGCGCUCGCUGCGAUCGCUACUGCCAGUGCUUCCGCGGCCGCUGCAACCCCGUGGACGGCACGUGCGCCUGCGAGCCGGGCUACCGUGGCAAGUACUGUCGCGAGCCAUGCCCCGCCGGCUUCUACGGCUUGGGCUGUCGCCGCCGGUGCGGCCAGUGUAAAGGCCAGCAACCGUGCACCGUCGCCGAGGGCCGCUGCCUGACCUGCGAGCCAGGCUGGAACGGAACCAAAUGCGACCAGCCCUGCGCCACCGGCUUCUACGGGGAGGGCUGUGAACACCGCUGCCCGCCCUGUCGCGACGGGCAUGCCUGCAACCACGUCACUGGCAAAUGCACACGCUGCAACGCGGGCUGGAUUGGCGACCGGUGUGAGACCAAGUGCAGCAAUGGCACUUAUGGCGAGGACUGUGCGUUCGUGUGCGCGGACUGCGGCAGCGGCCACUGUGACUUCCAGUCAGGGCGCUGCCUUUGCAGCCCUGGUGUCCACGGGCCUCACUGUAACGUAACAUGCCCGCCAGGGCUCCACGGCGUGGACUGCGCCCAGGCCUGUAGCUGCCACGAGGACUCAUGUGACCCGGUCACUGGUGCCUGCCGCUUGGAAACCAAUCAACGCAAAGGCGUGAUGGGCGCGGGCGCGCUGCUCACCCUGCUCCUGGGCCUCCUGCUCUCGCUACUUGGCUGCUGCUGCGCCUGCCGCGGCAAGGACCCCGUGAGUCGGGAGCUUUCGCUUGGAAGGAAGAAGGCUCCACAACGCCUGUGUGGUCGCUUCAGCCGCAUCAGCAUGAAGCUGCCCCGGAUCCCACUCCGCAGGCAAAAGUUGCCCAAAGUCGUAGUGGCUCAUCAUGACCUGGACAACACACUCAACUGCAGCUUCCUGGAACCACCCUCAGGACUGGAACAGCCUUCACCUUCAUGGUCCUCCCGAGCCUCCUUCUCAUCCUUCGACACCACAGAUGAAGGCCCUGUGUACUGUGUCCCGCAUGAGGAGGCCGCAACGGAGAGCCGAGAACCAGAGGCCACAACCUUGCCUACUGACGCACCAGCGCCUUCCCCGGCGACCUUGACCACCCGGGCGUCCGCAGAGGAAGCAGCAGCGCCCCUCCCGGCGUCCUCUGACAGCGAGCGCUCAGCGUCCAGUGUGGAGGGGCCUGGCGGGGCGCUGUACGCACGCGUAGCCCGGCGCGAGGCCCGGCCGGUCCGGGCCCGAGGUGAGGCUGGGGGCCUGUCGCUUUCGCCAUCGCCCGAGCGCAGGAAACCGCCGCCACCCGACCCUGCCACCAAGCCCAAAGUGUCCUGGAUCCAUGGCAAGCACGGAGCCGCCGCCGCGGCCCGCGCGCCCUCGCCGCCACCUCCGGGUCCUGAGGCUGCACCCAGUCCCAGCAAGAGGAAACGGACACCCAGCGACGCGUCGGCGCGGCCCCCGGGGCUGGCCGAGGAGCUACCAGGUCUGGCCGCGCCCUCACCGCCCCGGGCUCGAGCUCGGGGUCGCGGACCCGGUCUCCCAGAAUCAACGGACGCCAGUGGUCCUCUGCGCAGCGCGCCCGAGGCCGCCUCCAUGUUGGCGGCAGAGCUGCGCGGCAAGACUCGAAGUCUGGGUCGCACGGAGGGAGCGCUCGUAGCCCAGAGCCCCCGGGAGAAGCCGGCGCCGCCGCAGAAGGCCAAGCGGUCAGUGCCGCCCGCCUCGCCGGCCCGCGUGUCCCCUGCGACGGAGGUUGUAGAGCCAGACAAGGCGGGGUCUGGCACGCCGGCAAAUGAAACCCCUCGGAAGAAGAUUCCCAUCCAGAAGCCGCCGCGCAAGAAGAGCAGGGAGGCGGCGGGAGAGCUGGUUAGGGUGGGCGCUCCCACUCUGUAGUAGGCGUUGGGCCCCAUCGCGCCCACAGCUGCUUCCCCUGGCUUAGCACCAUGCUUGCCACCCUGAGCUCCGCGUCCCCGUGUUUCCCACGCAGCCUGGGCAUUGACAGCCUUUCAUUGGCCCAACCCCCUCAGUGGCAGGGCGGGUGGCUGUGAUUGAUUGGCUCAGGCUCCAGCAGCUGCUUCUUGAUUGGAGCAGUGCUCAGGGGCAGUCGUCCCCAUCCUAUUGGUCGAGGCCUGACAGGCGCUUAGCAGGCUACUCCCUUCCCAUUGGCCAAAUUAUAGAGCUCUUCGAGCAACCCGUGUCUCAUUGGCCAAAGUCAGGAGGGUUCAGCCUGGAGACCGCCUCCUACAGUAGGCCAAGCGGACUCUUGGCUAGGCUUAUCAUCUUAUUGGCUGAGGCCCCGAAGCCCUUCUGCCCCGGCUGCCUUUCAUAGGCCAGGGCCUGGUGCUUCUGGCUAGAGAUUCCUUUCCUUGUAGGUAGCUAGAGGCUACCACUGACUGGGCUACAGGGUAUCUGGUUGACCAGUCUGGGGAGGAGGGCUGGUCUCUGCUCCUUAGGGGACUUGGAGCCCUGUUGCCUGUGUCACGUCUUCCCUCUCCUGUGCCUGGUCCCUUGGCUGUCAAGCUGGUUUUGAUAGCCUCCCACCAUCCCACAUGUCUUGGAAACCCCAGGAGUGAUUCCAGUGGCCUGAGGAGAUGUAUUUAUAGGCCCCCCAACAGGGCUGCUCCUGUCCCAUCCCGGAGCCCCAGGAUGGGCUCCUCUUAGCAGGGGCUCAGCCAAAGCUUUCUUAAUAAAGUGCCUUUCGCCCCUU